AUGGAGUCUCAGCAAGGCUGCUGCCCCAGUUUCAAGAGUUUCGCUGGUCUGGGAGCUGAUGAGGACCUGGAACAAAAGCAUGGUGGGAAUGUGAUGCUCCUGGACUCUGGAGAGGAAGGAGGCAAGCCAGGUCUUGUACAGGUCAAGCUUGCUCAGGGCAAACUUGCUCAAGGCAACGUUGCUCAAGAAGAGCUUGCUCAGGUCAGUCCGCCUCUGGAAGCCACAGGAGUAGUACAGGAGGAAGAGGACGAAGAAGAAAUGGGAGAAGGACCGGCUGACGGUGGUGCAUCUGGCUCCAUGGAGGACAAGAUCCAUCCUGGCCAAAGUGAACAAGAGCUGCCCCAGCAAGAGGCAGCGAUUCCUGAGGGAGCCCAGAAUCCACCACCGGCUGUGGACAGGGUGCCUCACCGGCGCCGUCGGCGGAGGUUCACCCUGUCUCAGCUGCAGGAUCUGGAGCGUCUUUUCCAUGAGACUCGCUACCCCAGUCUGAGAGCAAGGAAGGAUCUCGCAAGAUGGAUGGGUGUGUCGGAAGCUGAUGUGCAGGAUUGGUUUAGAACCCGAAGGUCCAUCUUCAGAAAAAAUAAUCGAUUGCUGAUGAUCUGCAAUUUGCCACCCAGUCCCCCGAACAAUGCUUCCUGA